CCAGGUGGCAUGAGGAGAUUAGAGCAGCAGCCAUGAGUCAGGACUUUGAGGUUCCUCUGGAUGGCUCUCUCUGUCACUAAUAUCUAUUGCAAGCUAGACGGAACCACGGAGGUUGCACGGAUUCCACGGAGCAGCAGAAAGCCACCUGGCUCCAGCCUUCUGCACCUUCUUCUCCUUGAGAACUCCCUACAAGCUUACAGCAGAUCUAGCUCCCCAGGGCAUGUUGCCUUCAGACUGAGCAUUUGGGAAAGGAGCAAGCACUCUGGAGAGGGAAAGAAGCCAAAAGGGAAUGGCAGCUCAGAGCCAGGAGGACUAUGAUAUCAGUGAUAGAAGGAACCUGGAUGAGGAGGCAUACGAUGACUCUCCAGUGAGGCACUCGAACAUGUCCCUUGCAACACAAGGCAGCGGUUCCUCAGAGGAGGAGGUGCUGCAGGCACCAAGGAGUGUGGGAGCUGCCCAAGUAUCCACCUCCCACUUGAAGGCUCAUGAGGCAUAUGUGGAACUUCAUGAACUGGUCAUGGACAAGAAUAGUGAACUGCGCUGGAUGGAAGCUUCUCACUGGAUCAAGCUGGAAGAGGACUUUGAAGAGAUGGGGCACUGGGGGAGGCCUCACCUCUCAUACCUGAAUUUCCAAAGCCUUAUGGAAGUGCGUAGGGCUUUUACCAAAGGAACUGUUCUUCUAGAUCUACCAGAGAGGAGUCUAGCUGGAAUUGCCAAUCAGAUGUUGGACCGCAUGAUUGAUGAAGGGCAGCUCAAACCACAAGACCGAGAGGCUGUUUUAAGAACCCUCCUACUUCAACACAGUCACCCUGACGAGUCUGCUUCACUAGGCACCCUUUCUUCUGGAAAGUUGCAACAGACCGACAGCAAAGAUGCAGACACAACCCAGCCGCUUUUGAAAGAGCAUCACUCCAUUGAGAUGAAGGCCCUUUCCCCCAGCUCGGAGCAGGAACAGCCAGGAAGUCAUGGUUUUAAGAAGCAGCUUUUAGAGAAGAUCGCACCUGAUUCAGAAGCCACGUUGGUCCUUGUUGGCUGUGCCACUCUUCUGGACCGCCCCACUCUGGCUUUCGUACGUUUGAAGGAUGCUGUGCAACUGGACCCCAUCUUGGAGGUCUCAGUGCCUGUCAGGUUCCUUUUUGUGGUUUUGGGACCCGAUCCCCACUAUACCACCUAUCAUGAGAUUGGAAGAGCCAUCGCAACCAUGAUGUCUGAAAGGGUGUUCCGCCGUGACUGUUACUUGGCUGAGGGACGGCAAGAGCUGGUGAAGGGUGUGGAGGAGUUCCUGGACUGUUGCAUUGUCAUUCCACCUUGUGAAAUUGCAACUGAACACCUCUUCAAAACAUUGUUACCAAUACAGAAGGACCUUCUUCGGAAGAGAUACCUACCAUCGGAAAAGAAGCCAGAACUCUUAAAGGAGCUAGAGCAACAAUUGAAAGCAGAGGCCCUCAAACCAGAGGAUGACGACGACCCAUUACGUAGGACCGGCAAGCCUUUUGGGGGGCUGGUGAGAGACAUAAAACGGCGGUACCCCAAGUAUCUCAGUGACCUCAAGGAUGCACUCAAUGCCCAGUGCCUGGCAGCUGUCAUCUUUAUUUAUUUUGCUGCUCUUUCCCCUGCCAUCACCUUUGGAGGCCUUUUGGGUGAGAAGACUCAUAACAUGAUGGGGGUAUCAGAGCUUCUGGUGUCUACGGCAGUUCAGGGCAUGCUCUUCACCUUGCUUGGGGCCCAGCCUCUGCUCGUGGUUGGUUUCUCUGGGCCCCUCUUGGUCUUUGAGGAAGCCUUUUAUUCGUUUUGUAAAAGUAUCGAUCUGGAGUACAUUGUGGGCAGAGUCUGGAUCGGCGCUUGGCUCAUAAUCUUGGUGCUGCUGGUGGUGGCAUUUGAAGGCAGCUUCCUGGUACGCUAUAUCUCCCGCUACACCCAGGAAAUCUUCUCCUUCCUCAUCUCCCUCAUCUUCAUCUUUGAGACUUUCAAGAAACUCAUCAAGGUUUUCGAGGAUCAUCCGCUGCAGCUACAAUACAACGUUUCCUCUGUCAUAACAAAGGGACAACCCAAUACUGCCCUGCUGUCUCUCGUUCUCAUGGCAGGAACAUUUUUCAUCGCUUUCUUCCUGCGCAAGUUUAAAAACAGCAGCUUCUUUCCCGGCAAGCUUCGACGUGUGAUUGGAGACUUUGGGGUCCCCAUUUCCAUCUUCAUCAUGUCCUUGGCAGACUUCUUCAUUAAAGACAGCUAUACUCAGAAACUACAAGUUCCAGAUGGCAUUAAGGUCUCUAAUGAAAGCGCCCGGGGCUGGAUAAUCGAUCCCAGUGGAGAAAAACAUCCCUUUCCCAUUUGGAUGAUGUUUGCUGCAGCUUUACCAGCCAUCUUAGUCUUUAUCCUUAUCUUCUUGGAGACGCAGAUUACCACGCUGAUUGUGAGCAAACCCGAAAGGAAGCUGGUGAAGGGCUCAGGCUUCCAUCUAGACCUGCUGCUGAUAGUCGGCAUGGGUGGUGUAGCAGCUUUUUUUGGCAUGCCUUGGCUCAGUGCUACCACAGUGAGAACUGUCACUCACGCCAACGCCCUGACCGUGAUGGCUAAGAGUACUGUCCCAGGGGAGAAAGCCCGCGUCCAAGAGGUCAAGGAGCAGCGGCUCACUGGACUCCUGGUGUCCAUUCUUGUAGGUAUCUCCAUCUUCAUGGAGCCGAUCUUGAAGAUGAUUCCACUCGCAGUGCUCUUUGGUAUCUUCCUGUACAUGGGGGUAACAUCCCUCAAUGGGAUCCAGCUCUACGACCGCAUCCUGCUCAUGUUGAAGCCCCCCAAAUAUCACCCAGAGGAGCCUUAUGUUAGAAAAGUAAAGACCUGGCGCAUGCACAUCUUCACCUUGACCCAGAUUUUGUGCCUGGCUGUGCUGUGGGGAGUGAAGUCCAGCCCAGCCUCCCUCAGCUUGGCUUUCAUCCUCAUCUUGACAGUGCCACUGCGACGUUACCUGCUCCCUUGUUUCUUCAGUGACCUUGAACUGAAGUGUUUGGAUGCUGAUGAUGCUGAAGUGACUUUUGAUGAAUCAGAAGGCUGUGAUGUUUAUGAUGAAGUUCAGAUGCCUGUCUGAGCAUCUGCUGAGCCACAUCCUCCAGGGAGAUAAGGAACUAAGAGCCCUUCCCCAAAAUCACUGGACAAAAACAGUCUGGAGGAAUAUUUCUCUGUAUCUAUAUGCAUAUGUGUAUACAGUGGUUUCACACCUGUACCCAUCUCAUAAGUAAGUGUGUAUGGCUCACUUGCACACUUAUCAGUGCAAGGAUUCCAUAGGACUUAAAUAGCUAACGUACGCUUCAGAUCUCCUUCCAGUCAUAUAGAUCUGUAGUAGAGUUGCCAGCUCUGAGUUGGGAACUUUUUGAAGAUUUUGAGGGUGGAGUCUGGUGAGAGCAGUGUUUGGCAAGGGAAGGAACCUCAGCAGAGUAUAAUGCCACAGAGUGUACAUCCCAAUGUCAUCAUUUUCUCCAGGGAAACUGGUCUCUGUUGCCUAGAGAUCAGUCAUAAUUCCAGGAAAUCUCUGGCCACCACCUGGAGGUUGGCUACCCUACUCUGUAGUGAAAAUUUUCCCAAAUCCUUUACUUCCCAUACGGGUCAAAUUUUUUUAAAAAGCUAUGCAGUAAUCACGAAAAAAUGGGAAACUUAUCUGUGGACUCCAUUUUUAAUGCUGCAUCCAACCCCACUGCUUAUCCUUUGUGAAUUUGUGCACAUGUGAUUGUGCACACAUACACAGACACGUGUGUGAAGUUUUAUCAGUUGCGCACAGAGAGACGAAUAGUCCUACCAAGCAUGGAGGAGCUUUCAUCAGGCACCAGAACCUACACACCUACAAAAGCCCACUGAAGUUUUUGAAAGAAAUGCUGAAAACCCAACUUUAGUGUUGGAGUUUCACACUUCUAAUGCUAGAAUGGACUGAACAUAUGACUGAAGCCAAGUAAAAUUUUACAAUGACUGGUUCUUUCUCAAUGAUGUGGGUUGCUGAGUCCAAAAAGAUUUGACCAAAUUAGUUAUGGGGCAAAGACCCAAGAGACAAAGACCUUGAAUUCUAUGAGUUCUAGGUGCCUUUGUGGCAAAAGAAAGAUAUGCCAACAGUGAGCUCAGACAAGAAAUUUGAUCUGCAGAUUGCGCAACCCUACUUAUAGAGCAAGAGAGAGGUUGUGAAGGAAGGAUGCACAAAAUCACUUCUGCAGUGACAGAAUAGAAAGAGGCACCCACAAAAACAGCAUUGAAGUUGGUCUUAUAUUUUCUUUGAAGAUAGAUUGAUGAGUUCACCCUUAGCUUCCCCAUGCGGGGCUAAAACUAGGGUGAUAAGAAGUCUCUGGGCAUCAUCUGGAAGAGAUUAUUUCAAUAGGAGCUGCUGGCAUCUGGUGCCCACUGGCAGUUACUUUAUUGAGAGUGGACAUGGCUCCUCUCUCAAGUGCCACUUGCUUUCUGGGUGGGGGCUGUUAAUGUCAGGGAAAAAACUACACUGAAAAAAUAAGUAUCAUAUAAUACAAUAGCUGGGACAACAUGUGUUUUUUAUAUCUGUGUGUUUUACAAGUGCGGAGCUUGUUAUUGGACAAAGGUCAGUAUCAUGAAAAUCUAAGCUGACCGUGGUUUUUUUUUUUAAAAAAUCUGGAUUUCUUGAUGCAGGAAGAGGCUUGCAGAUCUCCCUCCCACGCUGCUCCCUUCCCCUCCAUUCCUCUCUGCCCUUUCCCCAUGUCGGUUGCCACCACAUGCCAGAAAAUUUGAAAACCUAUGCCAGGGAGGCAAAACUAUGCAAGCAUGAAUAUAAUGCAUUCCUCUUGCACAGUAUUUUCAUACAGAAAAAUCAACCAGCAGUUAUUCUUACAUGCUCCAAUCCAACUCAUGGACUUGAUAAUGGGUGUCCACCAAUGGCUUUGCUGUAAGGGAUCCGUACCCUCUCCCUUAUCUCAAGCCAGUGCGCUAGGUACUGCUUCUCCGCAAGCAGCCAACUGGCCUUGCCUAGAUCCUGUGUCUGAAGCACAAAGGCGGUGUGUUUUUUCAUAUUCUAAGGGGUCCUGCACUGCCCGCCAUCCAAGAAGACCCCACUCAAAUGCUCAGUGCAGGAUCUUGGGCAAUCCUUCUGUCUCCACCCUCCGCUAAUAGAUAUGAGGUCUCUUGAAAGUCUCCGUAUCUUCCUGCACUGGAUCACCAAAAUCCCAGCCUCUCAUUUCUGUCCGAGGAAGGCAGUAGUAUAUGUGACUAUAAGAACCAUGUUUGAAAGCUACUUCACACUUCAGAUGUUCAAAAAUACCUGCUGAUUCAUUGAGUGAUAUAUAUAAUCUCCCCAUAAAAGAAUAUAUAUUCCUUUUUUAAAAGUGCCAAAAAUUGUGCCUACACUUUGCAACGUUGCAUCCCCCACUUUUUAAUCUCAGGCAUGUGUAGGACACUAUGGUUAUUUACUAUAUGUGAAAAGUUAUCUGUAUACGACUAGAGGUGCUCUUUAUGUGGUUACUUUGCAUGAUCAAGGAUUUAUCUCUGCUGUAUAUUUAUGGCUGGUUACUAUUAACUUGAUUGGCAGUAGUUUUCGGAAAAAUUAAAGGCAGUAUUGCUUCAUGUGACACAUUGGCCGUUUCCAGACGGCUUACCGGUCCCCGGAACGUCGUGCCACGUUGUGGGGAAAACGCGAAAUAUGGAGUCUGUCUGCAUGAGACAUCUGACACAUGAAGAACAUGUGUUGGGAGAUGCAAUGUUAGCUGGGGAAGGGUAGUUUAAAAAGACAGUGCUGACAGCAGGGCAAAGGCUUUGUUAUAUACUGGAGCUGUGUGAAUGGGCUGUGAAAUUCUAGAAGGGAAACUUCAGCCCAUUAUAACCUUUCCAGGUCCAAGUCCGGCUAUGGAAGGCAGCUCCAGCCCAUUUCCAUUUCCUGCUGUCCUCUGGUUGUGAUUCCACACAGUUUUAGACUGGAGAAAUGAAGUUGAUAGAGCCUUUGGGGAGGCGAAGAUGAAAUUAACAAACACUCCAAGGAGCAAUCUCUGCCAGCUCUGACUUUUUAAACUAUGCUUCCCAGCUAACAUUGCAUCUCCCUACACUUGACGAACAGGCACCAAAGUGUCUCGUGUAGAGAGAUUCAUUAUCAACAGGUGAAACUCAUUGCCACAAAAUAUGGUGAUGGACAUUAGCUUCAAUGACUCCAAAAAAGGGUUAAAUUAAGACAGUGGCCACGACAGCUUAAUAGAACUUUAGUCUUCCUGUCUGUGAACUUCCCAGAAACAUCCAACUGGCUACUGUUAAAAGAAAGAAAGCUGGAUUAGAGAAAGUCAUGCUCUGAUCCAACGUAUGUUCUAUGCUUUUACAGAAGCACAGGAAGGGGAAAAUAUUAUGGAUGUAUUCCAAUUUCAUUUCUGAGUAAAAUGGCUUGAUUAUUGGGGGGCUCAUUGGGGGCAGUUUGGAUCACAUCCUCUUCCUAAUGGAACACUACCCAUCAUGACUUCAGUCUACAUUGGCUGAGAGUCGGCAUAUACAUCUUCUGCUAAUUAAAGAACAAAUUCUAAGGGUUGCUGUAAUCUCCCACACAAAUCCCAUUAUAAUUAGCGUUGUUGGAUUUUUUUUUCCUGGCAAGAAUGCUAUACUUUAAUAGCUAUAUGGUGGAGUCUUUUCUCAACAUGGAGUACCAGUGAUAGGAAAUGCUUUGCCUGCUGGGAUUUUUUGCCCGGAGACACAGGCACUCUCCCUGAAUAAAGUUAGAAACCCUUAUUGUCUGGAAUUUUGUACAUUUUUAGCUAGCGAUUAUAGUCUUUUGUAAUUUAUUAAAAUGAAUAUUUAAUAUGAUUUGUGUCUUUUACUUUCAGACCAAAAAUAUUUUUUUGCUUUGCAACAGAUGUGUGGUGUGUUUAUGUGAUUUCUGAUUUUUAGGUAUGAUUGACUUAAGCUGAUAUUACAAUUGUUUUUCUUGAUUUGAACGACAAAGCAAUAAACCUUUUUAUUAAAAAACAA